GGACUAAUUUAAGCCUAAUGAACAAUAUCUCAAUAUACAGCUUAUCUUCUCUUUUGAGAUAAAACAUUUUCAAAGGGCCUAGUAAUCCUCAAUAGUAGCAUCAUGAGUUCUGCAGGAAUUCUAACAGAAGCCAUUAAAUGCCUCUUCAAAAACUGGAAACUCCUGGCUUAUACAUACAUAAUCACCAUCGUUUUCUCCCUUUACUUUAUGUUCAUCAUUCUCUCCUCAAAUUCAUGGACAAACGAUUUGAUUUUCAAUCAAAACUCCCCAUGUUUACUCACCGACAGCUUCAUAUUUUCCCUUCUGCCACUUCACAUCAGACAGCAACUGAGAUUCAUCACUGGAUUAAUACUAAUCUCCUCUUUUGCCUAUCUCAACCUCUUCUUAUUCUCUCUUCCAGCCACAAUUCUUGCAUCUUCCAUAACUACUUGUUCCUCGUCGAUCGAUUUUUCAUCUUUCAAAGACUUCAUCUCGAAACUGAUGCGAUUGCUGAUGCGUCCGUUUGUUACUUGCCUACACAUAACACUUUUUAAUGUGUGUUACACUGCCAUAGUUUUGGUUAUUUUGUUCUCUCUUGUGCCACAACAUAACCAAUCAUCAAUUCCAAGUAUUGUGGUAUUCUUUUUUGCUUUGUGUUUUUAUAACUACUUGGAUGUUGUUUGGACUUUGGGGGCUGUAGCAUCAGCCACUGAAGAGAAAAUUUAUGGGAUGGAAGCAUUCAGUAAGGCUGCAAAACUUGUUGAGGGUAGGAAGCUUGGUGGGUUUGCUAUAAAUAACUUCUUCAAGUGUGGUACUACCAUCUCAAGAAAUCACAUCCACGUGGUGAAGAGAUUUGUGCCACAGAGAUGAAUGGAAUAUGCUAACAUGCCAUGGAAUAUACUUGAAAGGGCCAAGCAUGUCCACGCAGGAGCUUAGCUCAAUCUUUGUUGUUGGGUGUUGGGUUUGGCAGAGUAGUGCAGAGAGCCAGUAUUAAAUUUCUCCAUUAAAUUUCGUUGAUGAUUUU